UUACAUUCGGACUGCACCACUGACUGGAUACAUUAUUGUGAAACACCUGCAGUGGGAGUUCAACAACAACGACAUGUAUUCUGUAGCAUCUGCGUUAGGUCACUGUGCUCUGUUGUUUUGCUGCGUCAUCUUCAUGAUUUCAGCAUCUGCAGACCAGAAAAAUAUCUCAGCCACUGUUGGGGAGAGUGUCACUCUGCCAUGUAGAGCUCCAGAUAACUCCAUCAGAGCUAUGUUGUGGAGCAGGCCUGACCUGGAGCCAAAAUAUAUCCUUUUGUACCGCGACAAGCAAAUUGAUCCAGAAGAGCAGCAUCCAUAUUUUAAGGACCGGGUGGAUCUGCAGGACAGACAGAUGAAGGAUGGAGACGUGUCUCUGAUGAUGAAGAAUGUGAUGAUUUUUGACAGUGGAACAUACGAGUGUCAAGUUUUUAUGAAAGGACCAAACCAGAGAAAGAGAACUGCUGACUACAUCACCAUCAUCAACCUGACUGUUGUUCCAGUCAAGAAAAACAUCACAGCUGGAGAGACAGUCGUUCUGCCAGGUCAAGCUCCGAACACCAACAGCAAUCCUAACACAGUUGUAGAGUGGAGCAGAGCUGACCUGACGCCAAAAUAUGUCCUUUUGUACUGCGACAACCAGUUUGUUCCAGAUGACCAGCAUCCAUCUUUUAAGAACCGGGUGGAUCUGCAUGACAGACAGAUGAAGGAUGGAGACGUGUCUUUGAUUCUGAAGGAUGUGACGACUGAGGAUAGUGGAACAUACGAGUGCAGUGUUAACAAAAACAAAUCGCAGGAAGAGAGCAAAUCUGGAUAA